AUGCUCAUCAGUGCCUGCGGGCUGAAUCGUCUCACCCUCACCCUCCACGCGCAUGCUCGUCUCUGCGAGGGAAUCUGGCUGUACGAGAGUUCCAUGCUGGGAUGGCCGAUGUCAGGGGCUGGAGAUGUGAACUACCUGCGCGGGGUGCCGCAGGAGAACAUUCGCAACUUCUCUAUCAUAGCUCACAUUGAUCACGGAAAGAGCACCCUCUCUGACCGCCUCCUGCAACUCACCAACACCAAACUAUCCGAGCAGAGGGAUCAGUACAUGGACAAACUGCAGGUGGAGAGGGAAAGGGGCAUCACUGUCAAAGCGCAAUCUGCCAGUCUCUUUUACCAGCAGGACGGGAAGGACUACCUGCUCAACCUGAUCGACACCCCGGGGCACGUGGACUUCUCCUACGAGGUCUCAAGGAGUCUGGCAGCUUGCGAGGGAGUCAUCCUCCUCAUAGAUGCCAGCCAGGGGAUCGAGGCUCAGACCCUCGCCAACCAUGCGCUUGCUACCAAGAACGGCCUCAAGAUCAUCCCCUGCAUGAACAAGAUCGACCUUCCUCAUGCUGACCCCGAUCGGGUCGCUGCUCAAGUCCACGCAGCCCUGGGCUAUGCCAAGGAGGAGAUCCUACAAGUGUCAGGGAAGACUGGGGUGGGGGUCGAAGAGCUGCUAAGAGCAGUGAUCGAGAGGAUCCCUCCUCCUACGGGCUCCCUGCAGAACGGACUGCGCGCGCUGGUGUUCGACACGUGGUACGAGACGUUCAAGGGAGUCGUGUCGCUGAUCCGGGUGAUGGAGGGUCAGAUUGCGCACGGGGAGAAGUUUCUCAUGAAGUCUACUGACAAGACGUACGAGGUCCACGAGCUGGGAAUCAUGCAUCCUGAAGCCACUCCCGUUACCCGCCUGCAGGCUGGUCAGGUCGGCUACAUCCUGUGCAACAUGAAGUCUCCAGCUGAAGCUCGGGUGGGCGACACAGUCUGCAGCGACGCGUCUGUGGAAGCGCUUAAGGGGUUCCAGCCGCCCGUGCCAAUGGUGUUCGCCGGGAUCUAUCCGAUCGACGCGAGCGACUUUGACGCGCUGAACAAGGCGAUUUCGAAGCUGCUGCUCAACGACACAUCGGUCAGCAUCUUCAAGGAGAGCUCCAACGCUCUCGGGCUCGGGUUCCGGUGCGGAUUCCUGGGCCUCCUCCACAUGGAUGUGUUCCGGCAGCGACUGGAGCAGGAGCACAACGCAGACAUCAUCAUCACCAACCCGACGGUUCCGUUCCGAGUCCGCCUCAAGAAGAACCCGAAGGAGUUCGUCACCAUCUCCAACCCGAGCGACUUCCCGGACCAGUCGCAGGUGAUUGAGUUCGAAGAGCCCGUGGUGAAAGCCAGCUUGCUCAUGCCUACCGAGCACCUCGGGGGUGUCAUGGAGCUCUGCACGUCGAGGAGAGCGAGGGAUCUGGACAUGGUGUACUUGGACUCCGGGCAGGUCCUGCUCAAGUGCAUCCUUCCUCUCGGCGAGAUCGUCAUCGAUUUCUACGACAAGAUCAAGGGGAUCUCAGCGGGAUACGCUAGCCUGGAGUAUGAGCCCGCAGGGUUCCAGCAAGCUCAGAUCAGUAAAGUCACGUUCCACCUCAACGGAAAGCCAGUGGAUGCGUUGACCACCAUCGUCCAUCACACCAAUGCAGAGCAGGUGGGACGCAGAGUUACAGAAAAGCUGAAGGAGGUGCUGGAUAGGCAGCAGUUUGAAGUUGCGGUCCAAGCCAUGGUGGGAGGGAGGGUGAUCGCUAGAGAGACCAUCAAGGCUGUGAGGAAGAACGUGCUCUCCAGGAGCGGCAAGACUGUUGGAGGUGGCGAUGUGACGAGGAAGAAGAAGCUGCUCGAGAAGCAGAAGGAGGGGAAGAAGAAGAUGAAGAGGAUUGGCGACGUAGAGCUCAGCCAAGAUGCGUUCUUGACAGUCAUCGACAAUUCUUGA